AUGAAAAAAGAAGACGGAAGCGACUACAAAGAGUAUUCUUUAAAGUGUAUGUGGAACGCAACUGCUAAGACGUUACCAGAAAUAUAUCUUAAACAAUUUAAUAUAAAGAUAGAUCGAUUUCAAGGUAUUGAAUUUAAAAGUGCUCGCGAUGCACGAAAUGCAAAAAGACGGGAAUUGCAGAAAUUUUCAGAGAAAAGGAAACAAAGUUCUACAGCUCUAAGUUUAAAACAUAUACACGAUAUUAUUGACAAAUUGGAUGAACAAACUCCAGACAGUCUCCAAAAAAUUUUCUAUUAUUUGGCUUCCGUGGAAUUAGCUUGGCGCGGUGGAGAAUAUUUUAAAUUUGAAACCUCUGAAGAUGUUAAAGAACAGGCAGGAUAGAAUAUAAUCCUAUUUUUAUGAAAAUUUGCCAAGGAGGAGACAAAAAAUGUGCAGAUAGUAAGGGUUGAUUCCAAAUACUCAAAAUAUUCGCAAUACUGCCCAGAUAGAUUAUUCAAAAAAUUGAUUGGAAAACGAGGUCCACAAUUCACAUGUUCACGUUUAUUUCUAACUCCAAAUCCAUUUUGGCAAAAUAUUAACUCUUUCUGGUACAAAAAUUCACCUAUUGAAAAAAAUAAAUUGAUAAUGUCGGCGACAGAGAGAC